CCGUGACUCUAGCGGUGGGUGAAAUCAACCUGUCGAAGACUUUACUGCCCAACCACACGCUGCUGCUCGCGGCGCUCAAUUACACCACGCAGCCCGUUGCGGGGCAGAUGGCAGCCCUCCAGCUAGCCUCAAUGGAUCCUAUGCCCGUGGCGGUGGUGGGACCGCGCAACUCGGACCAGGCCGCGCUGGUCAGCCCCCUGGCGUCGUUCGCGCAGAUCCCCUUUGUGUCGCCGUCCGCCACGGACGUGCGGCUGACAGCGGGCGGCGACCGGCCGUACUUCAUGAGAACCAUCCACAACGACGGCAUGGACAUGCGCGCCAUUGCAGAGUUCCUGGCGUUCAACAAGUGGAGCGAGGUGAUCGUCAUUCACAGCGACAACCGCUUCGGCCGCAACGGCAUCGCGUCACUCAACGGCUAUCUCUCCGUACAGGAGCAAUGGAAGGUCAGGAUCGCGACACGUGUGCCGAUCAAGACGACAUGGUCGGUGGCGGACACAGCAGCAGCUCUGGCGGCGGUGGAGCGGCUGGAUCCGGCGGUCUUUGUGGUGCAUGCUGCUGCUGCCCUCUGCGCUGUCAUCUUCGCUGCUGCGAAUCAGAUGCAGCUGGUUGGGAAGAACUCGGUGUGGGUGGCAUCGGAGGGGGCGGCGCUGGUCAAUUCCACCGUGCUGCAGAACGUAGAGGGGUGCCUGCAGAACGUAGAGGCGAGAUGGAGCCUCGUAUCCCUCUCACCCUGCUCACAUCUCACUCACUCCCCUCAUGCACCUCUCACUCUUCUCAUGCCGCUCACGCUUCUCAUACCCCUCUCACUCGUCUCGUACCCUCACUCACUCUCAUCUCAUAACCCUCACACCCUCUCUCUCACUCCCCUCACACCCGCUCACUCCCCCCACACCCUCUCACUCCCCUCACAUCCAUGCCACCACCAGGGCAUGGUUAUCACAUCGACCUACCUCCCUCCAUCUCCGCGUCUCACCUCGUACCACUCUCAUUCUUCUCAUACCCCUCUCAACCCACACACACACCUCUCCCCCUCACACCCUUGCCACCACCAGGGCAUGGUGAUUACCUCCACCUACCUCCCUCCAUCGCCGCGCCUCACCUCGUUUCGGGAGAAUUGGGCCAACCUGAACCCCAUACGCUUCCCCAACGCUAGCAAGGAGGAGCCCAAGUCGUACACACUAGCAGCAUACGACGCCACGUACCUCAUAGCGUGGGGGCUGCACUCCCUGCUCUAUGGCAACCACAGCACCGCCGCCACUGGCAGCACCAGCAGCAGCAGCAGCCUCACACAGUGCAAUGCUGACCCUUCAUCCCCUUCUCACUCACACAUACACCGCCCACACCCGCCUCUAUCACCCCCUUCUAACUCACUCCCUUCCCAUUCACCCAUACAUCACCCACACCCGCCGCUAUCACCCCCUUCUCACCCACACCCACCCCACGCAACCCCACCUGCCAUAACCUCACCCUUCUGGCCGGGAACGGUGCGCUCCGCCGCCGCCGCCGCCGCCGCCGCCGCCGCCGCCGCCGCCGCCGCCGCCGCCGCCGCUGCUGCUGCUGGUGCUGCUGCUGGCGCUGCUGCUGGCGCUGUGGCUGGGGUUGGUGCCGUGGGCCCCUUGCUUCGCCAAGCCAUGCUGUCAGCCACCUUCGAUGGGGUUCGGGGCAGGAUCUCACUCAACUCGCACGGAGACCUGCAGUCCAACGUGAUUCGCAUUCUCAACGUGCGCAACGGCACCGCUGUGGAAGUCGGCUUCUGGACCUCCUCGCUGCUCCUCACGCCCUCCCUUGAUCUACCCCCCAUGAACGGGACAUCACGCAUGCUCAACAUCACCUUCCCAGGCAAUGCUACCAAGCCCCCUUCAGGCGCCUUCCCACGCCGCAAGCUGCUGCUAGCCGUGCCGUACAAGAAAGGCUUCCAGCAGUUUGUCAACAUCACCCGCACCUCCUUCACCUCCUCCUCUGCCUCACCUACAAGCGAGACCUCCUCCUCCUCAUCAUACUCCUUCUCGGGUUUCACAGUGGAGUUGCUGCGCCUGGCCCUCAGCAAGCUGCCGUACCAAGCAGACUACGAGCUCGUGCCGUUCGGGGGGGAUGGCGGCAGCAGUGACGGAAACGCUCCGGUGGGAUACGAUGACAUGCUGCAGGCCGUGGCCGAUGAGAAGUUUGACGGGGCCAUUGGCGACAUCUCAGUGACGCAGGCGCGGAGCAAGCUGGUGGAUUUCACACAGCCCUUCAUGGCAUCAGCAGUGAGUGUGAUCGCGUACGUGCCGCCCUCCAGCAGCUGGUGGAUGGCACUCGCGCCCUUCACGCCCUCCAUGUGGGCGGUGUUUCUCGGCAUGACUUUAGCCACGGGGCUCAUCACGGUCUUUCUCGAGUGCCGCCAAAACUUCGAGUUCCAAGGGAAAUUGCACGAGCUGUUUCAGCACGCCCUCUGGUUCGGCUACCUCUCUAUCUUCUCCUUCCUUGAAAAGCCGGUGCGGUCAUUGAUUGCACGGAUAGUGCUGGCGCUCUGGCUGCUGGUGACCUUCGUUGUAGUCACGUCGUUCACGGCCAACCUGACGUCUAUAAUCACAGUCAACAUGCUCACAGUGCCCUCACUGGACGUCAACAGUGUCAUCAACGCCAACAACCCCAUCGCCUAUCAGGCGGGGUCGUUUAUCGAAGGUUACCUCCUGCAGCUGGGCGUGCAAAAGCACAACAUGGUGCCGCUGAGCAACGCAGAGGAGUACAGCAGUGCGCUGGUGGCUGGGAGGGCGAGAGUGGUGGUGGAUGAAGACCCGUAUUUGGGGCUGCUCAGGGCGAACCACUGCAGUAUGGCGCAAGUCAAACAACCCUACUCCUUCCUCAGCAUGGGAUUUGCCUUUCAAAAGGGAUCGCAGCUCCGCAGGGACAUCUCAGCGGCAAUUCUCCACCUGACCAUGACAGGCGAGCUGGACCAACUACAACAGCAGUACCUGCUGGGAGGGCCCCGGCAAUGCCCUGACACGCUCAUGCCCGAGGCCCCGGCGGUGCUGGCAAAUGAGAACUUCUGGGGGCUGUUUGUGGGGUAUGCCGUGGUGUCCCUCGCCUGCUGCCUGCUCUAUUUUGGUCUGCUGGUGUUCCGUGGCGCCAUGGUGGCUAGGGAGCUGUCGCGGCAGCAAGCCAAGUCAUACAACGCCGACAUGGUAGAAUUCGUUUCCACACAAGCGGCAAAUCAACCCGCACAAGCGACGCCUCCUCCUGCCGUUGCCUUUACGAGGGACUCGCUAGCACUUAUAGAGGAGCUAGGGGAAGACGAGGAUGAGGAUGAAGAAGAGGAAAACUUUUACUCUGCCCAUCUGAAGGGCGGUGAUGCUGAUGAUGGCAAUGGUGUGGGUGGUGGGAAGGGGGAAAUACUUGUGGUCCCAGGACCCAAGGGGCAUGCUCAGGCAGAGGGUGCUGAAGCAGGGGCCCUACUGCCCACAGAAGCCCCCAACCUCUUCAGUUACCCUUUGGUCCUUCCUGUUCACCCCCACCAUUCGUGGGAGGGAAAUUUGUUGCAGCGUAUCACGCAUAGGGUCAAGAGUGGAGCAAGGAAUGCCAUGCAAGCUCAGCUGCCUCUGCUCUCACCUCCUCUUCCUCUGCUCUCACCUCCUCUUCCUCUGCUCUCACCUCCUCUUCCUCUGCUCUCACCUCCUCUUCCUCUGCUCUCACCUCCUCUUCCUCUGCUCCUCUCUCCUUAA